GGGGUGGCUGCGGCGGGCGCUGGGGAUGGGCGAAGGGGCGGGGGCGCGGAGGGAUCCGCAGGGGCGUGGCGCGGUUUGAAAGCGUGAGGCGGGCCGGGCGCGGGCCCAGGAAUGCUGUAAUUAAAGCAGCAAAGGCUGAGUGGAUGUUCCUUCAAAUAACUCCCAAACAAUGUUCAGAGGAUCUAAAUCUCCCCUGAAAGUUAAAGAAAAUGAGAGUGGUUGUCCUGAACAGAAGGAAGAGGCCUCUUUCCCUCUGUCAAGAGCCCAGAAGAGCUGCCAAGUGACCAAAUCCAAAGUCAUCAGACCAUCCAAAAAGGAGAACUUCGCUGAUGGGAACCAGACACGGUCACCCAAAGGUGCCCUGAAGUGCCCCAAAGAGGGUUUGUGUCACCCCCGGGGGGCUGAUGUGGGCUGGCAGCUCCCUGGGGCCCUCAGGGGGGGUGUGCUCAGUGAGCCCCCCUUGCCUUUGCACACCAAGGAGGAUUUGCCCAGCAGCCGAGCUGCUCCCUUGGGAAAUCACUUCUCCACUCCUGAGAGGGACAAAGCGGAAGGAAAACCUGAUUUGGGACUAUCUGAACAGAGGAAAAAACCUGUUGGCUUUGCUGCUGUGAUGAGUGCUGAGUGUGGCAUCGCUCAGCAGAGUUUUGGAACACGACCCACGGGGGCUUCCCCAACUUCACUAAAAUUUAGGAGAAGAUCAACCAUUGGAUUGAGGGGAUCACCAGAAAACAACACCCUGAUCCGGUACCUGGCCCAGCAGAGGAGCAGCAGGCAGAAGGAAGCUUUCACCCAGAUCUGUCCUUUUAAACCUGCGAGUGUGAGGUCGCUGAAGGACAAGAUCGGAGCUUUCCAGGCCUCCUUUGAAUCCCUGCAGGAAGCUGAGGGGGAGGCUGGGCUCUCCCACCUGGGGGAGCCUUCCCAGGAAGGAGGUUCCUCUCAGAGCCAGGCACCUUUUAAAAAAGAGCCAAACCUGGAGCAGUGGAGUGAAAAGCUCAUGUUGGGCAACAGAGGAGCUGCUUUGAAAGAAAACUUAAGAGAAAAUGGGAGCAAGAGCAGCAGGAGUGAGCUGAGGAUCUGCAGCAUCCUGUCCCCACAACGAGCUGUGACUGUCCCUGACCCUGCUGCUGCUGCAAAGUGGGUUUAUGAGCAGCAAAAUCCUAUUAAAUCCUUGGACACUGCUGUAACUGGAGAUACCCUGGAAACAGGCCAUGCUGCCAGCUGUGAGCACAGUGCCACUGGUGAUGCUGUCUCAGAGCUCAGCACAAGGAAGGCUGGGGCUGUGGAAGAUGUGAGCCUGGGAAUGCUGGGUGCAAGCCGAGCCCCUGGGAGCACUCCCAGCAGUGACCUCUCCCAGAACAGCUCCCUGCUGAGAUCCAUCCUGAAGAAAACCCCAGCCAGGGAGCCCCCAGACAGCCCCAAGGAAUACUUAAACAGUGCCAUUGACAGAGGAGGAGAUGAACCAGCUGCAGUCUCCAAUUGUGUAAAAGCCUCUGAAACAUUGCAAACAGAGAGAACUGACAGUCAGAGCUCCAAAACACCAAAGAAGAAAAAAGUGACUUUUGGGGAAGUUCUGAGCCCCGAAAUCUUUGACCAAAGCCUGCCUGCCAACACCCCCUUACGCAGAGGAGCCUCCCCAGGGUGUCCCCAAGGACAGAGCCCCUGGGCAAGGCCAGACCUCUCCCAGGAGCCUUUGCCCCUCCUGGAUUUUGGUUGGGAUGAUGAAGGUGUUGAGCCUCUCCCAGAAUUCCUGGAAGGUGCUGUUGCUGCAGAAGCCCCUUCACCUGUUGGAAUUGCAGAAGUGGCAGAGACUGACAAACCUGAUGUGGCAGCAACUCGUUCUUCUACUAAAAGGAAGCAGUGCAGGGCCAUGGCACAGGACACUGAUCAGAGCAGCUCGGGAGCCACAAACACUGAGAACGACAAAGACACGAAAAAUCCAAGAAGGAGCAAGAUUCAGAGACAGAAGAAUCCAACCACAGCUGCUCCCAAGAAGAGCCAGAAAAAAACCCACCUGAGCUAUGGGAAAAGAAGAAAGAAAAAAGUCAAGAAAUCUUUGUAUGGGGAAAGAGAAAUGGCUUCUAAGAAACCCCUUCUCAGCCCUAUCCCUGAAAUGCCAGAGGUUUUCUCUUCAGUGUCAUCUCCAAACUCACCAAAGGCAGAUGCACUUCUAACAGAGGGUGCAAGUGUGGGUGAUCCCAAAAGCUGGGAUGCCUGCAGGGACACUGCCCAGGAGCCCCAGGCUGGAAGGAUGCGUGGGAAGGGGCUCUGUGCAGCUGCUGUGUGCCCAAGCCCUGGGCUCCUGCAGGAGACAGCAGCCACCAGCUCUGGGCCUGGAGACCCUGAGGUGCCAGGGAGCCUGGAGGCUGCUCCUGGCACUGCUGCUGAGUUAUCAAAUGCUGUGCCAGAUGCAGAAGGUGAUUUGGAUACAUCUUAUUUUCAGCAAGGUGAAGAGACUCCAUGUGAAAAAGAAGCAAAAGAAAGCAGUUCCUUGAUAGAAAAGGAAGAAUUACAAGGAAAUCUCUUAACUGGGCUGGAAAUUCUGGAACAACAGGAUGUGCAGGAGGGUGCCCAGAGAGCCAAGUGUCCUCUAAAGGAUUCUGUCAGAGGUGAUCCAGCAAGGAGAAGAAGAAGAAGGAGCAGUGCCUUCUACUUCCCUCCUGCUGAAAACCUGGAAACACCUGGGGCUGAUCUUGCAGUUUGCUCUUACAACGUGGAAGAAGUUUUAUCAGUCCCCCAGGCAAAGGAGGGAUCCCUGCAGACCUGCAGCAGGAGCAGCAGUGCCAGUGCUGAGGUCAGGGUCAGGCGCAGCAUGAGGCUGAGCAAGGGUGCAGCAGGUAAGGGACUUGCAUGGAUUCAGCUUCCCAGUGAGGUUCCCAAGCAGCCUCCCCUCCCAGCUGCUCCCAAAGCCAGGAGAAGCAUCAGCACAUCCAUCCUGGCAGGAACUGAGAAUAUUCACCACAGGGAACAAAACCUCCUCCCCUUCCCAGCCCCAGGGAAGGAGAAUGAGGGCUCUGCUCCUCUUGCUGCUGGUCCUGGCAGGAGGUGGAAGAGGAGAAGCCUCUGUGAAGGCACAGCUCAAGGAAUGCCCUGGGCUCCCACCCAGAGAAGGAGAAGCACAAAUUCUGUGCAUCGGAAGGACAGGAGUGACCAAAAACACUCGGAAGCAGCAGAAACUCUUGAGCUAAGAUUGAAAGAUGUUUCAGGCAUCUCUGGAUUUCUGAAGUGAAGGUUCUUCUUAGAGCCUUGUGUUGUCUCUCAAGUGCAGUUUUCUUGUCUUUCCCACUUGUAUUUCCUCACUUGUUUUCCUAUUCAUUUUCUGGAUAACACAGAACUCAUUUUCCUUGUCUUGAUGCCUAAAAUGCUUGAAGAUCUGAACUGUGUGGCAGACUGGCUCAGAGCAUUGGUCUGGUACAGUUAUGGCAGGUAAUGAAGAGUAUUAAAAAGUUCUCCGUGAUAAAUGUGGGUUUGUCUUUGGCAGCUAAACCACAGAGUCAAAUGUGUCCUUCCAGCUACAAUUGCUCCAAGGGUUUGUUUCCCAUGUGUGUGACCAUUCCCUAUAAAUUGCUGUUGAAAUCUGCAUAUAUUUUCUUCUAGAUUGCAAAAAUACACUAAAAAGAGAUUGUCUGCAAUGAAUAAAGGAAUCACUUCC